AGAAACAAAGUGGAAUCCUUGUAUCAUUUGUGAAAACUGCACAGAGCAGUUGCUUAAGGAUAUGAUGCCGACCUAUCUAAAGAAUUUGCUGGAAGCCGAUUGUCGAGCAUCGCAGUUGCGUGUGUUGGCUGAAGGACCUCCAAUUUACGUGAAGGAGAGCUCAAUCUUUCCCUGCCCUGAUGGCGAGCAUGUUGAGAAAUUGUGGUAUUCGAGCACCCAGCAAGAGAAGUCAUCAAAGGUGGAGGGUUGUUUAGAAGGAGAAGAGCGAGAAAAGUGGUGGAACGAGAUGAAAGAGAUUUUGUCAUUAACAGAGCAAGAGAUCAAGGAGAGAGAGGCCAUGUUCGGAAAAGCUUCGCCGUCGAGCAAAUCUUAAUCAAUGCGCAACAGCUAUUCGAUUUU